CGUAACGCGGAACACUGACGUUUGUUGAUUUUUCGGUUUACACGGACCGCUGUUAUUUUUAACUGGAGUAUUUAUUUAUGAUUUCAGCCAUGUUUGUCAGGCAAUGAAAGUGCCGUUUAUGCCACUGCGCUUUAAAGACAUCGAAGAGCGGAGCUCGAGCGGCGCUUCAUCAGGAUCUCAGUGUGUGGUCAGCUGUGUCUGCGGCGAUGGCUAUCCUGUUUGCGGUGGUGGCUCGAGGGUCCACGGUCCUGGCUAAACACGCCUGCUUCUCCGGAAACUUCCUGGAGGUGACGGAACAGAUCCUGGCCAAAAUCCCCUCGGAGAACAACAAGCUGACGUAUUCCCACGGCAGCUAUCUGUUCCACUACAUCUGCCACGAGAGGAUCGUGUACCUGUGCAUCACCGAUGACGAGUUUGAGCGCUCGCGUGCGUUCGGGUUCCUGAACGAGGUGAAGAAGCGCUUCCAGACCACCUACGGCUCGCGAGCUCAGACCGCGCUGCCCUACGCCAUGAACAGCGAGUUCUCCAGCACGCUGGCUGCGCAGAUGAAACAUCACUCGGAUCCCAAAGGCUCAGACAGACUGACAGAAACACAGAUGCACGUAGACGACCUGAAAGGCAUUAUGGUCCGGAACAUCGAUCUCGUCGCUCAGAGAGGAGAGAGACUCGAGCUGCUCAUCGAUAAAACAGAGAACCUGAUGGAUUCUUCCGUCACCUUUAAAACAACGAGCCGUAAUCUGGCCCACGCCAUGUGUAUGAAGAACCUGAAGUUAACCAUCAUUGUCGUAGUAAUCGUGCUGGUGGUGCUGUAUUUUAUCGUGACGGCCGCGUGUGGAGGACUCAGCUGGCCGAACUGUCGGAAGCAGUAGAAAUCCCCUGAUUGUCCCUCAGUAUGUGAGAGCACUCGUUCUGCCCAGCUCCGCUCCGCUGACUAGAGACUCACAGCACAGCACUGAACUCCCGCUGUGUUACUGUGCUGCUCCAAACAGUACUUCAGCAUCAUCGCCUUUCCAUGUUGAUCGUUAUCGUAUAUGUUUGAUUCUUUGGGUUCUUUUCACAAUGUUGUAAUGCAGUUCAACUACAUGAAGCAUUUAAAGGAGUAGUUCACCAAGAAAUGAAAAUUCUGUCAUUGUUUUUUCUGUAGUACACCAGAUGUUAAUUCAUACUGCUCAGUUCCAUUCCAUGAAAAUAAAAGGGGAUUCAUUCUGUUCAGUUUUAGAAAGUGCCAUAAAAGUAUCAUAAAAGUUGUCCGUAUGACUUGUGCUGUAUUCAGUGUUUUCUUAAGUUGCGUAAUAGCUUUAUGCGAGGAACGAAAUUGAAGCCAUUAUUGACAGAAAAUCUUCCCCUUCAUUAUUGUAGAGCUUAAUUCUCAUUUGCUGUUGCAUUUUGCAGAUGCUGCACAUUACAUGCGGGACACCUCCAAAUGCAAUUUUUAAUGCAUAUUAUUAUUAAAGUACAAAUAUAUAGUUAUUUGAGAAAUUUAAGCACUUGAAUAGUGAAUUUCAGCUGGGUUUGUUUCUUCCAUAAAGCUAUUGUACGACUUGGCGAGUGUGUGUGUGUGUGUGUGUGUGAUGGACUACUUUUAUGAUACACCGGUUUUAUGACCUAUUUUAUUGCAUGGCAAAAGCAGUGUAAAUCAUCCACUAACCGCAUCUUUUUAGUGUGUUUCAUGGAGGAAAGUAAAGCAGGACUGGAACGACAUGACUUUUCUAGGUUUGGGUGAACUACUCAAGCCAGCGGUUACUAAUCUUCAUUACUUACAGCAGAAGAGCUUAAAGAGCAAUGAUGAAAUAGAAAUUGAUGAGUUUUAAGAGUAAUGACCUGACACUUGUGUUUGCUCUGUUUUAAUUAGGUUUGCUUACAACAGUCAUGAUAUGUAUGUAAUCAUUUACAUUUAUAGUUAGCGUACAGAGGGGAACUCUAUAGUUCCUUGAUCUUACUAAAUGUAUUUUCUACAGUAUGAACUAAUUUCAGUCACCAAGAUUGUUUGUGAUUGAUUGAUUGAUUGAUUAUUGCGUAGCAUAUUGAAGUAGUUUGCGCUGUGUGAACAAUAGAGUUAAUUGAAUUCAAAAACUGCAUGUUUUUGGGUGAAUCUAGUCAAUGUUUCAGCCCAAAUUGUGCGUAAAGAAAAUGAAGCUGGAUCAUUAUGAGGCCUGUUAUUUUACAUUGACAUAUUCAGCACAUUUUCCUAAAAUUAUCACAUGAAAAAGAAAGAAUGAAUCAUGUGUAAGCUUCUAAUUCUCACACGAAAUACAACAGAUACACAGAAUAGUAAACAACCAUGUAUAGAAAACAGAAUAUAGAGCUACAUCCAAGUAUAGAGUGUGAUGUGCAGGAGUGGAGCGAGUAUGUACAGGCAGUGUGAAUACAUUUGAAUUUACAUAUUGUAUUUAAGAUUAAAGUGCUGUGAAAAAGUUUGUACACACCAUAAAAAGUGGGUUUGUUCCCCAGCAUAUUGAGACAUACAAAAGACACUUGGAAUGUACAUUUUGUAAUGAUGUGUACAGCUUAAAUAAACAAAAAUGCCUAUA